AUGUUCCAGUUUCCGGCCAACGUCAAUUUGAGAGCCACGGUAGGAGAAUAGUCGAAAGAUGGACAUUUGUUAGACGAAAAAUUGCAGUUCCGAAUCAUGCAAGCGUGGUGGGGAGACACUGCCGUCGAGAUGACACCGAGGACGACGCUGUUGAGCUUCAGAAGAAAUCAGGUGCGGUUUUUGAAGAAAACUGUCUGUCCGAGACGCUCUGUGGCCGUGGCCUAGAAAACUCUUCCCCGUGCGCACUUUGACAGCAAAAAACGAUCCCGUGGCCUAGGAGUUUUCUCGGCCAUUCUUGACCGUGCUCUCAUUUUCAUUUUCAGGUCAAAGGCAACACAAACCUGACGAUCGAGUUCGAAACGAAGGAUUUCGAUGGAAAAAACGUGAAAGUGGUGAUGCCGGCGCAUAAUUUCUCCAAAAUGAUGGUACAUUUUAAGUUUUUUUGGGACCAGCGGCUUGGCUAAAAGCCGGCCAAAGCCUUUCGAAGGCUUUUUGGCCCACUUGCAAUGAUCCGAUUGGGACCAAACUUUGCAGACUUCUAGAAUUUGGAUUGAAGUAUAUUGGGUCCCAGUUUCAGACCCAUCGGAUCAUCUGGUCCCGAGAUAUGUGGAUCAGAGGCCGAAAAGACCGAAAUUCUCGCGAAAACACGUAUAUCUCGGGACCAGAUGAUCCGAUGGGUCUGAAACUUGGACCCAAUAUCCAUCAAUCCAAGUCCUAGAAGUCUGCAAAGUUUGGUCCCAAUCGGAUCAUUGCAAAUGGCCGGAGGCGGCCAUUUGCCCAGCCCUCAAUUGUGCCCAAGAAAACUUUGAAACAUUCUUCUUUUUUUUUCCAGUACACAAACGCGGACAUUGAAUUCACCGUACCGUGCGUGCUCGCGUUUUCAAUGACCGAGGAAGGUGUCGAAGAAUUCGAGAAGAAGCUUCCCGCCUACGCGAAACAAUGGAAAAAGGACAAUGUGGAGAGGGAUGCCGAGUAUGCAAAGUGAGCGAAUUUUUUUGACCCACUUGCAAUGAUCGGAUCGGGCCCAGACUUUUCAGGCUUCUUGGGCUUGGAUUGAAGUAUAUUGGGUCCAAGUUUCAGAGCGAUCCGAUCACUUGGUCCCGAGAUAUAUAAGCCGCUCUUAACUUGGUCCCAAGCCCAAGAAGCCUGCAAAGUGUGGUCCCGAUCGGAUCAUUGCAAAAGUCGCGGCCUGUGCCCGGUAAAAAAUGAAAUGUGUUGCAGCACGCUGAUGCUCGUCCUCGAUCCGUCGGAAAUCGAAUUUUUCGAGUUUGACCAGAUCCACAUUGUGCCGAGAUAUGGCUCCGGCAUCGAGAUGUUCCGCAAAAUUUACGCCCAACAAUGGGCGGCCCAUUUGAGAGAGCAACAGAACGAGGAGGACGUCGACGAGAACGACCUCAUCGGUGGGCAUUUUUAGAAGCAUUGUGUCUGUUUCAAAAGCGCAUUUGCGCAUUUCGCCGUUUUUCUUUUCAAAUUCCAACCCCAUUUGUCAUGUUUUCGUCAAAGAUUGAAUGAAUUGCCGAAUAUUUGCAGUGGAAUUUCAACUGGACGAGUUCACAAACUAUUUCGAAAAGUACGGCUUCCGCAACAACGAAUCCGAAGAUUUGUCGGACAAUAAACGCAAAAACAUUCGCGUUUUUUCGCUCGUCAAAAAAGUGAAUCGGACCCCUUCAAGUGAGUUUUUCUGAUAAAUCUAGUAAAGUUAUGUUGUUGGCUGCCACGGUCCAGAGCUAACAAUGGGCGCGCAAGUGCGCCCCGCCCAAUAGAGCGAUACAUUGGCGCGAAAUUUGUGUUUUUUGCCAAAUAAGCCACGAAAAAUCGAUAAUUUCUCAUUUUUCUCUCGAUAGACCGAUAGUAUAGGCUAUUACGAAUUUUUUAAGCGCCAGAGCGUUAAAUUUGGUCAAGUUUGAAGGUUUUUCGCUAAAACUGCGUGAAUUUCAGUUGUUUUUCGGUAAUUUUCGCGGUUCGAGCGCUCAAAAUGCUUGUAGUUACGUGAUUUAUCAUUCUCAAAACCAAUUCUGUCUGAAAACGGUCAAGAAAGCGCAAAAUGAGAGGGCGAAAAAGCGAAAUCCGCGAAAAAUGCGCCAAAACGUAAUUAAUUCUGAGAAUUAGUGUGUUUUCAUGUCGAACAAUCAUUUUUCAUCGUCUUUGACCUUAAAAAAACAGAGAAAACCUUCUCAAUUCAUGAAAACGCCAUUUGGCUGAGGCCACGCCCAUAUUGUCAGCUAGCGCACUGUUCAUUUUACACUCUCUCCAAUUGUAGACAUGAUUCUAGGCCGUAAAAGUACGGGAAAACGGACGUCGACGGUCGUUUCGCGUCUCACCGACGAGAAUACCGCCAAAAUCGAUGUGAACACGCCGAGAAGCUCGCGAUCCGGAGCGGCGGCCAGACUGAAAGAGGAAGAGCGAAAAGUGGAGAAUACCGAGGAGAUUGAGGCGAUCGAGAAGGAGUUGGAACGACAAAACGGACAAGAAAAAGAAGAAGGAGAAGGAGAAGAAGAAGGUGGGAGUUUUUGGAGACACUGUCUCCCCAGCAGCUAAUGCUAAAUUGAGCGCCGCGUUAAAACGGAGUGUCGUUGAAAACAAAAGCAACAACUGAAAUUUCUGGAUUUUUUGUCCGAAAAUCCGAAAUUUUAUCCGAAAAUGAGAAAAAUGAAGGAAAACACGGAAUUUCCGAUGUGUUAAUGACACUUGUGACCUUAAAGUAGCGUUUUGCCCACAAGAACGCGCGCAUUAUUACACUUUUCUGUGAAUUUCAGUCCGGCGCCUCAAAAACUGAAAUUUCUCAGUCAUUUUUGCAUUUUAUGGGCCGUCUCUGUGCUCAAAAUGACCGCCUUUGUCGGCUAGACAAUCGUGAGGCAACUGUUUUCUCAAAACUUCCGAAAGUUCGUUUUUUCAGGCCAAAUUUAAAAAAAAACGAAAUUACUCUUCGAAUUUUCACUUUUACACGAGCACUUUGUGAUCUUUUUGUAGCUAUCGGUCAUAUGAACAAACGUGAGGCAAACGUUUUGAAGGAAAACUGUGCAUAAUUCCAAAAACUCGGGAAAACAUCGUUUUCAGUUGAAAAACGUAUCCCGUAAAUUGACACUGAGAGCGCGCGAAAAUUUUUUUUCGCCUAACAUAAGGGGAGACAGUGCCAAAAUGCCAAAUUUUCACGGAAAAUUCUCGAGCGCACAAAAAAUCGAUAAACCACGUUCGACUAUUGUACUAUGGUUUUGCAGAAGCGGAACCCGAGAAGCCGGAAGUGCCGGUGGUGGUCCCGAUGAAAUCGCGUGCCAAGAGACGUCUGGAAGGUACACAAUUUAUUAAAAAAUUGUUUGCAAUUCAGUUUUUCAGGAACCCCAACGACGAUGGCCUCGGCUCCGGAGCCGAAAAGAGCGAAGACGUCGGCGAAGAGAAGAUGAACAUUUUUAAAGCUGUUUUUACACGCCCCCUGCCUUUUUUUCAAACAUUUCCAAAUAUAUUACUGCCCCCCAAUUUAAUUCACAACAUGUAUCGUAAAUCAAUAAGCUGGUUCAUUUAUAUAUCGUUAAUGCAAUAAAGUAAUUCGAAUCCGUGGCACGCGCAAAAUCACUUUAAAAAACCGUUGGGUUUCAGUGUACCAGACUUCUUUUUUUUUUAAAAAAUGGAAAACCAUUGGGCCUAAUAUCGAAUUUCAGACGCGCAAAAGAGAUUCGUCAGCAGCCGGCAUCGAACCCCCGUCGACAGAUUGGCAGCCGGCACCGCGACGCACUAGGCCACAAUGUCGACGCCACGUUUAUAGGCGUUAUGUGGUACGCACGAUCCGAUUCGCCACUCGAAAAUGUUGAUUGGGAAAUUGUACGGCUACGGAUAAUCGAGUUAAAGACAAAAAAGUUAAAGACCUGUUUCCUUUUGCAUUUUUCGAAAUUUAUAUACAAAUUCGGUUCAAUAUGCUGCUUUUUCAAAGUUUCAGCAGUGCUAUUCUACAAUUCCAGUGAAAUUAUCGAAAAAUACAAAUUUGACCUUGAAAUUGUUGCGAACAGCGCCUCGCCUGUUCGCCGCCGAAAUUCACACUUUUCACACCUAGAACCUCGUUUUUUUGCAGAAAAUGCGCCGAAAAAAAGCGACGUCGACGUGGAAAUCGACCGUUUUUCCGACGCUCAUGAUUGCGGCGAUUCUGACGCGGACGACGUCGUCUUCGUCGACGCCGGAGCCCGAAUUCCACGAUUUCAGCGAUAAUUGGCUCCUGGCUGACAAUAAUCUAGUGUUAGUUGCCAAUUUUUUCGAGAAAAAUGAGAGGAAUUGUCGAUUUUGUCGCCAAAAACCCAAUUUCAGCACUUUGUCGCUAUUUUCGUACUGAAAAUCGGUUUAAAAAAAAGACUCGAGGCGGAAAACAUUGCAAUUUACGCGAAAAUGCAGAUUCCACUUUUCGGCACGUUUUUCGCAUAUUGCGCAUCAAUCGAACAGUUUUCCGACAAAAGCAGUGUCCGAAAUGAAAAAGCACGUGAGUAUGAGCAUUUUCCAAUAAAUUUGGUCGAGAAAUGACUAAAGUUCGCGCAUUUCGACCAAAAAUUAAACACAGCCUCCCCGUAUGCGCCUUAAAAGAAGUCUGCACGCCUUAAAAACGGAAAAUGUGUGUAAAUGUAUUGAUUUUCUCGUCGAUAAUUGCCCAAACUUGUUGCAGAAUGAUGAAAACGCUGCCGAAAACUGCGAAUUACACGUGGCAGCAGUACUACGCGAGCUGGAAUUUGAUCUACGAGGAAGAGGAGGCGAAGCGAGACAUUGCGAACGUUUCCGUCAAUUUGUGAGUCUUUUUUCGGGCUGAAACUCGCCAACAACCGACACAUUUUCAGCAUCGACGCGGAGAUUCUAAAAUACUGGCGAAUUCGCCCGAAUUUCGCAAUUCAUUUCGACAUUCGCAUCGAGAAAUGCGACAUUCGUCCGCCGAUGAAGACCGUUUCGGCAAAGUUGGAGGAGCGCAAACCGCUUCCGGUGGUAGGCCAACGUUUUUGGGGGUUUUUUGAGAAAAAUGGUCAACAUUUAGAUGCACUGGUUCGUCGAAUAUUGCGGAACUGAACGCGUUUUCCGCUGGUGCGCCAUGGGAAAAUUGCUGACCAUCACAAUGACAGGUAGGCGACGAAAAGUGACAUUCGGAAAAAGUAUAUCAAAGUUACGAAAAAAAAAAUUAAAAAUUCACGAAAUUGCUUCUUGUAGCAUGACGAUUUCCCGUUUUUUAAAUUUAAAAAUCUGCAAACACCUAGCGGCAACAGCGAUCAAUUUAGCUUAUGUAAUGUCAUAGGCGGGCACGGUCUUAUAAUCACUGGUGAUUCGCGGAUUAUGGGGUUAUUCAGGCUGUGAAAAAAAAAUAAUUUUUUUCCGUUUUUUUUCGUUUUUUUUACGUCAAAAAACCCAAUUCAGCGAUGUAAAAAAACGGAAAACAAACAUACGCUGAAUAGCCCCAUUACGCAUUAUGGGCAGAAUGAGUGCGCUCUGUAGCCCGGCGUCAAUUGAAAACAGAGAAAUAUGUUUCAGAAUUCGAAUAAAAAACACGGCGGGCAAGUUUGGCGCGGGCGGAGAUCACUAAAAAAGAGGGGCGCCUCAACAGAGCGCUUUGGUGAUUGCUCGAUAUAAAAACACAUGUUAGACAUCCGUGAAACCGCAAUAGUUGCCACCAUGCGGUUCUUAUUCACGGCGUCCCUAAAAACCCGAAAUUUCAGGUCGUUCCCGCGUGCCGAACGCCUCGCACUUCGUCGCCAACCUCACUGCCACGUGUCCAUCCGGAUUCUGGGUGGCCGUCGGCGGAUCGACGGAAAACUUCACCGGGCGCAUCGUCUACGUGCUCGCCGCACUCGCCAUCAUCGCGAUUCUGGGCCUCGGAAUCGUGUUGGCUACGUGAGUCGUCGUCGUAAAAUUGCACGAUUUUGAUGAGAUGAAAGUGAAUUUGCAGAAAAUUCCGGAAAAACGAUAGGAAUCGAGGAGGCGAUCAAGUCGUCGUCGAAAAACCGAAAAAUUCGGAUCGGGAGCAGCUUUUGAAAACGUGAGUCUAGUUUCUUGCCAUUUUUCUCUGCCGUGACCUAGUUUUACGCGUUUUUACCCACUUUUUUGCAGGCACUUUUCGAUAUCCGAAGAAAUCGACUUUAUCGAUCAAGAGGAUGGCGGCGAAGUUGAACUGCGUGCCGAUGGAGCCGCCCUCUACCGCCCGUCAUAG